AAGAACGCCAACAACGAACAACGGAAUCAACUUUUAUUAGCCUGUCACUUGUCCAUUACUGUACAACACGAAAUCUCUGGAGUUAAACGCAAAUUUCGUGCAGACUUUGGCUGUAAAUACACUCAUCAUACAUCAGUUGUUAUAUUUUUUAGACGCACCAAAAAUGAGGGUUUUAUGUUACCUAGCACUUUUAGGGUUACCGAUUGUCUUCGCUUCACCUACUAGGACGCGUAGGGACGACGAUGACGAUGAUGAAAACUUUGCUGUGAAUUACAGGAGAAAAUAUGGAGACGUGUCUUCACCUGUUUAUAACAGUCAAUUGGAGUAUCAUCUGGAAAUGGAGAAGGCAGACCAUUUAACGUCAUCAGCUCAAAAUAAGCAACGAAAAAAGAAAAAGGGUCGUAAACAGAGAAGAAAAAAGGGCAAAGGCACAAACAAUGCACAGAAAUUACAAACUUUAAAUUCACCACCAAAAAUAUAUUAUGACGAUUCAGAGGAAAGAGGCAACAAUCAGAAUUAUCAGAGUGGACAAUAUCAGCGUCUGCAAGAAUUGAAUCCAAAUGGGGACAGUAGCGAAGAACAAACUGGGCAACGAUUGGUAGGUUCCUACAGUACUGGUACCGCCGGUGCCGGUAAUAAGUUAACAGUAGAUACUGUGGUUGAAGGUACUACCGGAGGAGACAUUAGCGAAGAAGAAACCAAGAUGACGGCAGCAAAUACAAGAGAUCCACAACCAGUUGUUGUGGGUACUACCGGAGGAGACAGUAGCGAAGAAGAAACCAAGAUGACGGCAUCAAAUACAAGAGAUCCACAACCAGUUGUUGUAGGUACUACCGGAGGAGACAGUAGCGGAGAAGAAACCGAUAUCACUGCAAUAAAUAUAGGUGAGCCACGACCAGUUGUUACGGGUUCCGGUGUUGUUACGGGUUCCGGUGGACGAGACACUAGUGAAGAAGAAACCAAAAUUGUUGCCGGAAAUGUAGGUGACGCACAACCAUUUGUUGCAGGUAUCACUAUUGAAGACAAUAGUAAAGAGGAAUCAGGAGUUACUAUUAUAAAUAAUAUAGGUGACGCACAACCAGAUGCUGAAGGCAUCACUGGAGGAGACAGUAGCUUAGAAAGCACAGAAAUAGGUGUCGCAAAACCAGUUGUUAAAGGAGGCUCAGCUGAUAAACACAAUGAAGAAAAUUAUCCAAUUCGAGCUACACCUCUAGUAACUCGCCCGUCUACUACAACUGCUGGACCUUCUUUAACAUCAGCUUCGGCUGCAGAGGUCAUUACGGAGAAACUGCCUCCAUUCCCUGAAAAAAUCAAUCAACCAGAUGAGUCAAAGCAAGUGACACCUACGAUAGCUACUGGUCCAAUUGUAACUACUUGUGAAUGUUAUGGCAAUAUCAACAGAUUGUCAAUUAUCUGCGACUUUUUUAGUAAUGCAACCGAAGCUAACACUGCACUACAGGCUGAAUCAACAAAUCCAAAUAUUGCCUUCUGUUGUGAAGAAGAAACACUGCCCCCAAUCGGCAAACUACGAUGCCUUCAACAGCGAAAUGAGGAAAUUCCAGGUAAGUUUAUAUUUUUACAUACCAUGGUAUGACGAUAAUAAUGGCAUUCAUGACUUCUCUAAUCUCCUGUUGUCGCGUGGUAUGCUGCAUAUUGACUGCAAGAGGAAAUAUUAAAAUUUGUGUUUGGAAUUUAUAUUGCUCAAAUAAAACAAAAAAAAUUUUUAUGUAAUAAAUAUAGUUAUGUAUGACAUUAUUAUAUAUUAUUUAUCAAUCAAUAACGAAAAAGAAAAUGCGUUUGUUCUUCCCUCU